UAUGUGCAGGUGUUGGCGUGUGUGAGCGAGACAUGCUGUCUGAACAUGGGAAGCAGCAGAAACGCUCGUCGAACAGCGAGGGCGAGGUGGACGGGUCGUUCGUGUUCGAAGCCCAAGAGGCCUGGAAGGACUUCCACAACUCGCUCCGACAGUUCUAUGAGAACGGAGAACUGUGUGACGUCACUCUGAAGGUUGGAAACAGACUCAUACCAUGUCACAAACUAGUUCUGGCCUGCGUUGUUCCAUACUUCCGUGCCAUGUUCCUCUCAGACAUGGCCGAGGCCAAACAGGACCUGAUUGAGAUCCGGGAUUUCGACGCUGACGCCAUCCAGGACCUGGUGGGAUUCGCGUACUCGUCGCGGCUGACGCUGACGGUGGAUAACGUUCAGCCGCUGCUGUACGCCGCCUGUAUCCUGCAGGUGGAGCUGAUCGCACGCGCUUGCUGCGAGUACAUGAAGGCUCACUUCCACCCCUCCAACUGCCUGGCCGUUCGCACGUUUGCAGAGAGUCACAACAGGGUGGAUCUGAUGGACAUGGCCGACCGGUACGCGUGUGAGCAUUUUAGCGAAGUGGUGGAGUGUGAGGAUUUCAUCUGCGUUUCACCACAGCACCUGAAGACACUGCUGGCCUCCAGCGACCUCAACAUUCAGUCCGAGACUCAAGUGUACAACGCCGCGGUCAAGUGGCUGAAAGCUAAUCCGAAGCACCACGACAUCUGGCUGGAUCAGAUCAUGUCUCAGGUGCGUCUUCCUCUGCUGCCGGUGGAUUUCCUCACAUCCACUGUUGCCAAAGAGGAGAUGAUCAAGGCCAAUCUGAACUGCAGAGAUCUUUUGGAUGAGGCUCGCAACUAUCAUUUGCACCUUAGUAACAAGAGCGUUCCUGACUUUGAGUAUUCAAUCCGUACGACACACCGCAAACACACCGCAGGUGUGUUGUUCUGUGUUGGGGGACGGGGGGGAUCCGGUGACCCGUUCCGCAGUAUCGAGUGUUACUCCAUCAGUAAAAACAGCUGGUUCUUCGGCCCUGAAAUGAACAGCAGACGGAGACACGUGGGAGUGAUUUCAGUGGCAGGGAAAGUUUAUGCUGUUGGUGGCCAUGAUGGCAAUGAGCACCUCGGGAACAUGGAGAUGUUUGAUCCACUCACCAACAAGUGGAUGAUGAAAGCGUCCAUGAACACAAAACGGAGGGGGAUUGCGCUAGCUGCUCUCGGCGGUCCCAUCUACGCCAUCGGUGGUCUGGAUGAUAACUCCUGCUUCAGUGAUGUGGAGCGCUAUGACAUCGAGUCUGACCGCUGGAGCUCCGUCGCCCCCAUGAACACGCCCAGAGGAGGUGUUGGUUCUGUGGCGCUCGGGGGUUUUGUGUACGCGGUCGGGGGAAAUGAUGGCGUUGCGUCGCUGUCCAGCGUGGAGCGCUUCGACCCUCAUCUCAACAAGUGGACCGAUGUGCGGGAGAUGGGGCAGCGGCGCGCUGGGAACGGAGUCAGCGAACUCAACGGAUGCCUCUACGUUGUCGGGGGUUUUGACGAUAACUCUCCGCUGAGCUCCGUCGAGCGCUUCGACCCCAGGACGAGCCGCUGGGAGUAUGUGGCAGAGCUCACCACACCGAGGGGCGGAGUCGGCGUCGCCACGGUGAUGGGGCGUGUCUUCGCCGUCGGGGGCCACAACGGAAACAUCUACCUGAACACAGUGGAGGCCUUCGAGCCGCGCAUGAACAGAUGGGAGCUGGUUGGCUCGGUGUCUCACUGUCGGGCCGGAGCCGGAGUCGCAGUGUGUUCCACUCACAUCAGUCAGAUUCGGGACGUCGGCCAGGGCUCCAGUAACGUCGCCGACUGCAUGUAGACACACACCACACACACCCACGUUCAGCGUUACCGUGGCUCUCUGGUUUGCUGACGAGAGACGCUGUUUCCCU